CAUCUAUCCAAUUCACAAGCCCAUAAAAAAGUACAAGACAUGCUUGUGUGUGCUUAAUUUUUUAGUUUUUUUUUUUUUUUUCUGCAACAUAUAUUUUUUUUAUGAUUCUAUUUAUUUUAUUAUUAAUAGCAACAACGGUGGCUGCCCAGAACAGUUGUAUUUCCCUUGCCAAUUCCAAAACAUGCACAGCCUUCUCACAAUUUUAUAUUGGCCUACCGGGAUUAGGAACAGAAUAUCCAUUUUUAUUAAACACAACCACGAUUGAAGAAUUCGACAAACGUUUACUAUCCUUUGUCAACUCGACAAGCUCUUAUCUUUUUCCUCUAGGAUGUUUAAGUUCAAAUUAUAACCCGACCAUUCCGUAUGCUCGAUACUCCAUUACGAAAUUAUGCGCUGCCAUGAUUCAAAGUCCAUCUCAUUCCCUGCCAUGUAAUUUCGAUUACGAUUUAGUUCCUCCACCUCUUUGUCAGAAGACUUGCAUCGAGUGGGUAGACAGUAUAGAUCAUAUCACCCAUAAUCCACGAGUGUGCUCGGAUUCGAUACAACGUAAUGAUUCGCUUGCUAAUUUUUUGGAUCAAUGCCAUACUUGGGAAGGAUUUAACGGCACCGUUUCUGAUAAUUGUAUAUCAGGUAUAGCAAAUGAGCCUUAUACAUGUGGUUUUGGCCCUGAUAAUGCAAAAUAUGCGUGUCGUUAUUGUGAAAAGAACCCUGACGACGGAUGCUGUCAAAAUGUGGCCAAUUGUAGUCAAAAAUUAUCAACCGGUGCGAUUGUUGGCAUAGCAAUAGGAAGUGCAGUUGGAGUUGCAGUAAUAGGAUUUUGUAUAUUUUUAUCUUGCCGUAAAAGGAAAGACACACUUUUUCGAUUCAUGUCCGCAUCAGCAACAUCAUCUUCUACUACCCAAGCAAAGGCACUAAUGAAGGAGCCUUUGGAAUUACAGCCGACGGCCAAUAACAGUAAACUACAAAUCGCCAGUGAUUUUUCGACGACUAUUAUACCACCCAAAGAAGAAUUUUAUGUGGUCAUUCAUCCAUAUCCAUCACAAUUGCCUGAUGAAUUGGAAUUAAAAACAGGCGAUAUUAUCUGCUUGGCUAUGCAUUUUGAUGAUGGAUGGGCUUUAGGAUUUAAUGUGACAACCGGAUUAAAAGGAGCAUUUCCAUUGGUCUGUAUAUCACAUGUACCGGCGGAUAGUCUAGAUCAACUAUUAAAUCCAGAAGAAGUACCACUCAAUGCAAGCCCACCAGCACCAACACCAGCACCGCCGACAUUACCAUUACCAUUACCAUCAACACAGCAUAAUAAUACUAAUAAUAAACCCAUCAUCAACACAACACCAAUACCAAAACGCUCUGCAAGCUGUAAAUCUAAUUAUGAUUACAUUGAAGCAGAGAGCCCGUCUUCCCCUACUUUCCAUACGCCCUUCUUUAAUCAGAAAUAAUAAUAAAUGUAUUUGUACUAUAGUACUAGGAACAAAACAAA